AUGACAAAUUCCGAGGAUCUCAUCGACUUCAGCUUUAUUGAGGGCCACAAGGAGAAUAUUCAGUCGUUGCGCGGAGGCCGUUCCGCCAAGAAGCUGGCAGAGAUCUAUUCACCAUGCACUCAUAACAAACUGUCUACCCCAACGCCCUCGGUCACAAGAAAUGUCAACGAUUGCAUUCGUGCCGAAUACGAGGCCGAAUUAAAUGCUCUAUCAGAAUCAGACGACCCUUUGGAGGUGUUUGACCGGUAUGUGCGCUGGACUCUCGACGCAUAUCCCUCGACGCAGGCCACGCCGCAAUCACAGCUUCAUACACUCCUUGAGCGAGCGACCAAAACCUUCAUUACCUCGACACAGUAUAAGAAUGACCCACGAUACCUGAAGCUGUGGAUCUACUAUAUUCAGUUUUUCUCCGACACUCCUCGUGAGACAUUCUUGUUUUUGUCUCGACACGGCAUAGGGGACGGGCUCGCCCUAUUUUAUGAAGAGUAUGCCGCAUGGCUCGAGGGUGCUGGAAGGUGGUCACAAGCCGAAGAAGUUUACAAGCUUGGAAUCGAGAGAGAUGCUCAACCUGUGCAGCGGCUACUGCGCAAGUUCGGGGAGUUCGAGAAUAGGCUCGCCAACCAGCCAGAGGCCACAACAGAACCAGCAUCGCCGGCCUUGCCUCUGAUACGCCCAGCGUUAGCAACCAAGAUGGAUCCAUUCAACGUCACCUCACGUUCCGAAAACCCUCAAGGCCAGCGGCAACUGAGUGUGUCGAAACCAGCAAAGCCAAAGCUUGAGGUUUUCUCCGAUGCUGACGUGAAACCGCCUGUCCUGUCUUCUAGAAGCGAUGGAUCCAAGGGAUGGGACUCGAUUGGCUCCCUUGCCGAUAGGAAGAAGGAAAACAGCAUGCAACCAACACGGUGGGCGGGAGAGUCGCUGAAGACUGCUGGGAAGAAGACUCUUGGUCCAAAAAUGACCGUGUUCAGAGAUCUGACGGGCAAAAAGGAGUGCAUAUUUGUAAGCCUUGCAUCAAUUUACCCAACCCCAGAGGAGCCUGGGACAGAGUUGAGCUUUGAGGAGGUCAUUGCGAAGCAUCGGGGUUGGCUUGAAAAUACCUGGGAUACGGACAUGAACCUGGUGCAGGGGCAAGAUGGGCAUUUGCAUGGUAUCAGAAGAAGUGGCCAUUCGGAUACCAACACACUCGACAUUAACCAACGCAUGUGCUUCCGUGAUGAGAAUGGUGCAACCAUGGAGCCGCAAGGAAAGCUACGGGCCGAGAAGAAGAACAGACUGAUGGAGUUCAAUGAGACGCAAAUUAUCAAGGCAAACUUGGAUUCACCAUCAGGGCCCAAGCUUCGAAGGAGGGAUAUGUCAGAGCCGACGAUGACAUUGCACACAAGAGCGGCAACUAGCGACAUUUACGACAUCUUCAACGCGCCAAUCAAGACAGACACGCCAGAGGAUGAGAGCGCUGACGACAAUGACUACGACACAGAUGGCGACUACACAACUGAAGUUGAGAGCACCGGCACACCGCAGCACGUCGAUGCCAGUGAGCAUAGUGAUUAUAAUCCCGAGGGUGCAAGUGAAUGGUCCGAUUUUCCACCUCGGUCACAUAUUCCAGAUGUUGGCACCGGCAAGAAUGCAGCUGACCAGGAGGCGAGGGAGGCGCAGACAUCAGGGCCAGAUGAGACAGAGAUCAUCGAGCCUGUGGAGCAGAGUGACCAUUUCGCAGAGUAUUCUUCCCCUCUGCAAGCCGAGACAGACGCUGAAACCCUCACUCCGAGAGCCCGCACCACCUUCGUCCCUGUUCCCCCUGAGGAUUAUGACCCUCCGACUCGCCCAUUUAGAGACCCGGUUGAGACGGCGAAUAAUCGACUCCCAUUCAUGACGCCCAUCACCGAACGGACGGAAUGCUCGUUAGACAUGAGCUCGGAGUACCAUAGGCAUCUGAAGACGCCGUGCAAGGUUGAUGCUGGCUCGCCUGCGAUGAGCGAGACUCUGGACCUGGGACCACUCUUCAGUACCUUGCGCGAAAUCGCGGAUGAAGAGACGCCGGUUUCCAAUCGCCCAGUCUCACUGAAUGCAGGAAAUGUUGCUGCGACGUCAUCAACGAAAAGCAAGGCAUUGUUUCCCAAGCAACCCAUCAUCAAGGAUAGGUUAUGCAAUCCCGUGGAUGAGACAGUACGCAAGGAUAUUUUAGAAAAGAUGCAACCCUCGCUGGCAUCCUAUCCUGGCUUCUACGACCAUGGCGAGGGCAGGUUUGAUCGCGGGCACGAGAUUCGCAGGUUUGCUAAAGCGGUGAGCAAGGCCAAUAAUAAGGGCGCUGUUGACAGGGCGCCGCUCCCUCCAGCCUCAAUAUCCAUUUGCUUCCCAGAAACGGGAAGCGAAUACCAUGUGAAGCGGGAGCUUGGCGCUGGUGCAUUCGCACCCGUCUAUCUGGUGGAGAAGUCACCAUCUGUGAGCGGCGACGGCCUUCAGGAUGAUGUUCUCCCUCUCGGCAAGGGUUCUACCACUAUUCACCACAACGAACUUAGAGCUCUGAAGAUGGAAUCCCCCCCUACUGCAUGGGAGUUCCACAUAAUGCGGACGGCUCAUGCCCGCCUGGGACCUCAGCAUCGAGCAAGCGAUUCCCUCUCCUACGCAUUCGAAAUGCAUUUGUACCGAGACGAGGCAUUUCUCUUCCUCCCCUAUCACCCCCACGGGACCCUACUGGACAUUGUCAACUACUUCCGCUCGGAGCCAUCCGGUGUCAUGGAUGAGCAGCUUGCCAUGUUCUUCGCUAUUGAGCUGAUACGCACAGUCGAAAGCCUACACUCGAACGGCAUCAUGCACGGCGACCUGAAAGCCGACAACUGCCUGCUGCGGCUGGACUCGAUGGCUGCUGGCCAACCUUUGGCGACGCAUUGGAAAGCGGAUGGUAGUGGUGGUUGGUCGUCGAGGGGACUCACUCUCAUUGACUUUGGUCGAAGUAUCGACAUGGAGGCAUUUCUACCUGAAGUCGAAUUCAUUGCCGACUGGAAGACUUCUGCGCAAGACUGCGCCGAGAUGCGUGAGGGUCGCCCUUGGACUUGGCAGAUCGAUUACCACGGGCUCGCCGGCAUCGUCCACUGCCUCCUCUUUGGCAAAUAUAUAGAGACGACACGCUGCGACCAGCUUGGGCUGGUAAAGAGUGAACGAAGGUACAAGAUCCGCGAGGGCCUCAAGAGGUACUGGCAAACGGACCUCUGGGCCGACUGCUUCGAUGUGCUCCUCAAUCCGGCCUCGUUCGUCGAGGCUGAGGAAAACACCAAGAUGCCAGUUCAAACGUCGAUGAAGCGCAUCCGCGAGCGCAUGGAAUCGUGGCUAGAGACGAAUAGCGAGAGAGGCACGGGUCUUCGGUCGCUCAUGGGCAAGCUGGAAGCCUAUGCCAAAUCUCGCAAGUAG